AUCUUUAAUCGUUCGCUUUUUCAAGGUAUAAUUUUAGGUUUGACACCUCUUUCGCCAAGCACUAGCCAAGAUCUGCCCAACUGCCGCCUCCGGUUCCCUAUAUAAUGUCGUUGAGCUCCAUCCCAAACAUGUCCAAAAAAGCGUAUGAGAGCCUCGAUCAAGAGGAUCCAUUGAGCAGCAGCCACACCAAAGUUGACCGAUCGGUAGGCAGUCGGUAUGACUACAGUCACGACGAGAAGGACGUCCCAUACUGGCCAAAAUUCCAAAAUGAUGGAUCUUUGACGUCUCGGACCGAAAAAUAUGGUGCCCGACUCGGCUCGUUUGCCCGGGUCGCCAAUACGGUACUCCUCGUCGUCAUCGCCGGUCUGCUGGCCGCCCUCCUAUGGCGUGAUGGCAGGUCACGGGCGUCGCUUCAGGUCGGAGGGGAUUUUGGCGGUGCUGGCCCUCAAUUCAGCACUAAAAUCACCAAGUGGGAUGCCGACGAAGCAUAUGUUCCCAAAGACCCCAACGAGUUCUUUUCCAAAAAGACUAUCGAUCAAUGGAACACUAUAAUGCCUGCGGGCAACGGUUGGAGACAAGAAGAAAACAUAACUUUCUUCACAACGUCAAUGACGCACCAACUACACUGCGUGUUCAUGAUGGCCAGGAUGUAUGCAGCCCUACAGCCGGGUGUCAACCAGACCCUCCCGGAGGAUUACCAGUCUCAUUAUCUCCACUGCGUUGACUACCUUCGUCAAGCCAUCAUGUGCGCAGGCGACGUGGCCAUGGAGCCGCACUCACCAACCGACGCAGACGACAAUGGGCCAGGGGACGGGAGCUGGGCCGGAUAUCAUGUCUGCAAGGACUACAGUCAAGUUACGAAUUAUAUCGAGGUCCAGUCAAGGCUGGCCACGAAUUCAAUUGCCAACAUGGCUGGCCUCUUCGGAUUUGGAAAAUCGCAGCCCCGACGAGUCAGCACCGAUCACGUUGUCCCCAUCCACCACUUUGACAACUCGGAAGUACUACGACGGCUCGUGGUGGGCUGGACGACACGGUUCGACGACGUGCUAGACGCCAAUGUUCUGUACCAGGCCCUGGAGGAAUUGAUUAGGCGGGAUGGAUGGUGUAAAAUGGGAGGUCGACUCAGAUUAAAUUCGAUGGGUAGACUGGAAUCGCACAUUCCGGCGGAGUUUACGAGCUCGCGGCCCGCAGUGCGAUUUUCGCAUACCGUCUUCGAAAUGGCCAUCGACGAACACCCUUUGGCAUGCAAAUUGCCCAAGGCCACUAGCAAUAAUCCCUCUUUUCACCCGAGCACCGCGGACGUGAUCAAACUCUUGCAUCCGACAGGUACACCGACGUGUCUCGGCGACUAUAUUUAUACCGACGAGCCACAGCUCCAUCUUUACGUCGUGUCGUUCAACAACGCCACGCUCGUUUCGAUGACGGCGCCCCACGUACUCGGCGAUAUUAUGGUCCACGCCGGUAUUAUUAACGGCUGGGUCGACAUGUUGCACGGUCGGAAGGACAAGGUGCGGCGUUUCGAAGGGUUCAAGGAGGAUCCAUUGGCCGAGGUGGUCAAGCGAGCAAACACUUCUGAGGUUGCCGGGAUCUUGGAGGGUAAGAUCCUGAAAGGUGUGUGGUACGUAUUAUUUGUCGUGUAUUUCGUGUUGGAUAUGCUCCUCGGUCCCAAAAUGGAGACCCGCACACUCUACUUCCCUGCCGCGACCAUCGCCAAAAUGCGAGAGCAAGCCCUCGACGACCUCGGCCAAAAAGGCGACGACAAGCCUUUUGUCAGUACCGGCGACGUCCUCACCGCUUGGAUCUCCAAGAUGGCCGUCACCCCCAUGGCCGUCAAGGCCCCGCGACAGGACCUGACCAUCCUCAACGCCAUAAACCUCCGCGGCCGGCUACCUUCCUCCCUGGACCCGGAUGCCAUGUACGGACAGAACAUGGUCAUGACCUAUUUCGCCUUUACCACCCUCGGCGAGGCCGCCACAGCGCCGUUUGGGAUGCUCGCCGGGGCCAUGCGCCAGGCGAUAGUGGAGCAGACCAGCGAAAAGGAGCUGGCAGCGUUCACCAAAGUAAUAUGGGAACUGGGUGGUGAUCGUCCCGUCUGCCCCUCGGUCAGCUCAUACCUCUUUUGCUUCAGCAACUGGGCCAAGGGUCGCUUCCACCAUAUCAUGGACUUUUCGCCUGCCGUCGCCAACAAGGGGAACAGGGCUGCCACGACCGGCUCCGCGUCGGGGAAGCCGGUGCUGUUCCUGUCGACGACGACGGCGAUGACACCCAUGGCUCGAUAUUGGGUCAACAUCGUCGGUGAGGAUUUGGCUGGGAACUACUGGGCGGCCGUGAUUCUACCUCGCGCUUCCAUCGCUGCCAUCGAGGAUGGUAUGCGGCGUUUGUGA